GACCACAAGGGUUUUGACAACAAGAUGUGUGUUGAGAGAGGGGUUUUGAGGAAAGAGAAAGCUGUUUGUGAGAGGGUUUAUGAUGGUAAUAGUUUUGAAAGGAUGCCUGUGGAUAGCAGGAGUUGGUGUUGGGAGUGGAGAUGAGUUUAAAAUUAAGAUGAUGAAUGUUGAUUAUCCUUUUUUGAGAAGUAAGAUUUUGAGGAAGUUCAAAUACUCUCCUUUUAUCAGACAGGCUUGUUAUAUCCAAAAUAUUGAGUUAUGAAGUAAGCUACUAUCUUCCAAAGCCAACAAUCUCCUCUUCUCCAGCUUAAGUUCUGGACUGAACAACAUCCAUAGCUUCCAUAUUUUCGGAAAGUAUAGUGACAAAGCAAAGAUCUCGAAACAUUUUAAUGAGUUUAUUAAGCUUUUCUCGAGUCUUAAAGGAAGGCUGUUAAUUAGUUCAGUCAGAUUGAAAGCGAAAGAAUUCGUUAGGAUUAUUUUGGCUACAUCUGAAGUAAAAAAGAUUUUCUUUCAUGAUUGAUGCAUUCUUGAAGGUAAAAUCAAGAGACAGCUGAUGGGAAGUUCGAGGUUAAAGAAUAUUGUAUUUUCGAAUCCCAGGGAGAUAUCCUUGGAUGGCUAUAGCAAUUUUGUAAACUACAAAAAAAUCCUCAGAAACAUCUCAUAUUGCCCUUGUAUAAAUUCAUUAACAAACAUAACCCUCUCACAAUGCAACUUCAAAGAAGACCAAGCCAAAUCCAUAAAAAGAAAAUACGGUUUCUACACCACCAAAUUCAUUCUCCAAGACAACUCAGGAACCAAGAUCAUUCCAUAACCCUCUAAUCCCCUCCCCAAUUUCAAUA